UCAUAAAGCACUGACAUUUGGUUGUUCAACAGUGGUCUUCAGUGCAGAAGGUUGAGGUUUGAUCUGUCUGUGCAUACCUACGUGGGAGUCUGACUUGCAUCUCAAAGUCUGUGCUGCAGUCAUUUCUGAGGCUGUAUGGUGAAGUUUUUGCAUAGGCAAAACUAACACUAUCUUGGUGUCCUUAAACAGUUGAGCUUACAUGCUGUUAACUAGCUGGUACCUAGUCAGCUUUAGGCUCUUGAUUGCCAUGUGCGUGAGUUUAGGGUCUGAGGAACCUGCUCCUGAUGGCAAAGGUCAAUUCCAAGAGGUUACUUUCUACAGCCUGCAAGGGGCUGCUGCCACAGUAUGGCAAUAUGGCCUUUUGACUAGGAUGUGAGUCCUUGAAGACCCUCCUUUGGGAAAGCUGGUGGCCAUGGGUAAGUAGCUCAUCUGGGUGUCCCUUGUGUAGGACUUGGGUAUUUGAUUAUUUAUUUUUUCCCCUCUGAAUUGAUUAAUGAUAUAGCAUGUUCCUGCAAAGAAAGCAAAACCUGUAGAUUCUUGUAAAGUCUGCUUCCUUUAUUUUAAUUUUUUGCCAGACCGUAGUGAUCUGGUUGGCAAGCUGAAAAGCGGUGUAUAGUGACCAGAGAGUUUUCAGCUUCUCCAAAGAGCUGUCCUUGGAAGCACGGAGGGUGACCAGCUCAGGCCACCUGCUUGCCAGCAGAGAAGUGGGCUUGCAACGGUCUGUACUCCUGCCUGCUGUUUAAUCGAACAUCUGGCGUGGAGUUGCCUGCUUUGAGCUCAAUGCUGCGGAAGGUGCAUGGAAGGCUCAGGUGCUGCUUCUUGGAAACCUACUUGUAUAAAUGUCCUUACACUUACUCUCUGUGGUUAAUGAUCAUUUCAUUUUUACAGCCUUUAAUUUCAAUUGACAAUGUGGCUUGCUCAUCCCAGCAGUCAGCCUCAGUAAGGCAGCUGUACCUUCUUUUAAUAGGAACUCUGACCUGUGCAAAAUGACUCAUCAUUAAUAAGUCUCAGUAAUGGUUUAUUUCAGCUCCCUUCCAUGCUUCUCUGUCUAAUGAUUUUUAUGCUGUUUUUUGCUUAGCUUAUCAAGCAGCAGAUUCUCUCCCUCCAGUUUAGGAAGGUAAAACUACAAUGCAUUAAACUGCUCGGACCAAACACUUUGCUGAAUCUGACUGCACAUAAUUAAUCUGUAAUGCUUUGGUACUAAUUAAUUAGUAGAGAGCCCUGAAGUGAUCUAACAGCCUUACUCUGCAUGAUUGGAUCCCUAAUUCUUGCUUGAACUGCAGAUGGCAAAGUGAACGUUCAUCACAAUUCCUGUGUUAAGGUGCAAGAAAUACUCCUCUCUUAGCCAAAGGAUGGGUGUUCAGCUGCCUUAUAUUAAAGUGAGAAUUCCAUGCAGAGACAUUAAAAAUUAAUUUGCCUGCCCUGAAACUUUUAAAGAAGAAAUAUUCUUCUUCCCCUGCCAUCCUGUGCUUUAUUAUAAAGGUCCUCAUUCAUUUGAACUCUGCCUUGAAAUGUACUUUGCCUUGGGCAAAACAACACAUUUGGAAAUCAGCUGGCCUUACUGGCUUGCUGCAGAAGCAGGUAGCUGUGGGAUUGCUAACUGAAAAAGUAAAGAAAAGAAAAUGAUGAUGAGGAAUAUACUUCUCAAAUCUCCCUCUCCUGCAUACUGCUUUUGUAUGGAAAUCUCUCUUUAAUGUAAAAAGGCUACUGAAUUGCUGGUGUCUUCUUCCUAGGCUCCAGGGCUUUUUCUGUAGCAAAGAUGCAACUGCAGGAAGGCCCCGAGGAACAGCGGCUGCUGCUUUGUAUCAGAUUUCUUGCAUGCUCUGAAUUAUUGGUUUAGAAAGCAAUUUGAAUUGGACAAGUCUCAUUGCAGCUGGAGUGAGUCAGCUGAGAGCCCCACAGUGCUGCAGUCUCUAAACCCCCCCUGUGACUAAUACAAUGGUUUCUUUGAAAGAUUAAAUAGACCUUCCAGGGCAUUCUGCCAAGUGUACAUUGGGCAAGUGUCCUCUGAUCCAUGGGCUGUGCCUGUGGAGCCCCCAGCUUCUGGCGAUGCUGCUUUCCUAAACCAUUCAGUAGCCUUUGCUGAAUUUCACCUGAUUGUGGGAUUUGCACUGAACAGACCAGACUUAUUCUUGGUGCUGCCUGCUGAUACCGUUGGCUUGGUACUGGGAUUAAACUUGGUCCCAAGUGUCACUAUGUGUGUGCACAUCACUUUAUUUUUUUAAGAUGCUGAUCUGGUUGCUCUCCUGCUGGGGUGUGACAUGUUCAUUGAUGCUAUUGAUGCUUGGGAAGUUCCUUAUGUGGAUCUAAAAGGUAUUUACUGGUCUAGGGCUGGGGAUCUGUAUUGAAGGGGCCAUCAAAACCCCACCAGUAACUGCCUUGGUACUGGAUUGUCUGCCUUGAUCUUUGGAAAUGGAAGUUUUUUCUCUUGAGGUUGGAGCAUGGAAAGGUUUAUCUGGUUUUAAACAGCUGUUGGCUCUCAAACCCUUUCCUGGCCCUGGAGUUGUAUGAAGGGUUGCUUGCCAGGACCAGUCUCCUGGGGGCCAUUGAUUUUCACAGAAAACAGUCUAAGCUGUGGAACCUGUUUUUUACCCCAUCCCACACAUGUUUGGAUGCAGACUGGGCUUAUAACCCUCAUUCAAUAGAUGAGUCAAGUUUACAACAGCCCUAGCUGCCCCUAUCCCACACCCUUACCCAACACAAAGUGCCUGGGAACUGGGUGACAUUCUUGCUGCAUCCCAGUUUAUUACUUGGGGAUUAAUCUCCCUGUGCCUCUUACAGACCCAUUCUAGCAGGAAGCCAGAGUGAAAAUCAUAGCACUGUGGCCUCCAGGCAAGUUUUCUGGGUGGAUGAAACAGGUAGUUGCUCUGGCUGAAGCUAUCCUUUACCCUUCAGCCAUGUAUGCAGUUUAGUCCUGGUGCAGUCUGUCUGUGCACCUGACCUUGCUGGGUUCAUGCUAAAUGUGAGGGCGUUUGUUUUUCCUGAACAAGUCUACUGCUUCAGCAGGUAGAGCAUGAGUAGCAACAGCACCAGCAUCCUACUUGUGAGGCCAGGGUCCUCCUCACAGAGCCCUCACCACAUGCUAUGAGCCCUUCUGCUCGUGGAGAGCUGUGUCAGGAAUGGUUUGGGGGUUUGUUCGAUCUCUUGCAUGUCUCUAGAAGCUGAUCACUUAAGGAAUGUCUUUCACUACUGAAAAUUAUGUAAGUAGAACUGCCAGCUACCAGUUCUCUUGCGAUACUUGCUGUUUCUUGUAAGAUCCUUGUACUUGAGACCUUCAGGUCCUCUUUCCUAGUGUAAAUGUGAAGUGUUUUAAUUGCAGAGGGAAAAAUGAAAAAAGCUGUUUCCUUCCAAGAGCCCCAGAGCACUAUCCAAAUGAAGACCCAACUUGGAAUUAAAUAAUUUUCCUUUAUUUCAGAAAGCCCAGAUCUUCUGGGGCCUCUCUUGGUGAAGCUCCAACAGGCUUGGCAGUGCUGUAUGAAUAUGGUGACUUAUUGCUAUCAUUGACUAGCGCUUAAAUGACUGGAGAAUCUAAGGUCCAUUUCUGAGCUUCAUAGACAGCACUAUUUGGAUAGUUCUGGCUAUUUGGGUGUCCCAACCUGAACUUUGAGGAGCACCUUCUGCACAAUCAUUUCUCAGCUGACGGAGGAAACCCAGCCACUAUUUGAAACCACUAUCAAAUCCCGUUCUGUGUCCGAGGACUCUGAUGCUAAAUUCACGUGCAUAGUGACAGGAUACCCACAGCCAGAGGUGACAUGGUAUAAGGAUGAUGAAGAGAUGGACCGCUACUGUGGCUUACCUAAGUAUGAGAUAUUCCGUCAUGGAAAUCGCCACACAUUGCAGCUGUACAAGUGCCAAGAAGAAGAUGCAGGCAUUUACCAGGCCUCAGCUAGAAAUAACAAAGGCAUUGUGUCCUGCUCUGGUGUGUUGGAAGUGGGAAUGAUGACGGAAUUCAAAAUCCAUCAGAAGUGGUUUGACAAAAUUAAGAGAAAAGCUGAAGAAAAGUUGCAAGAGAUAGAACAAGGCAAGAAACGAGGGAAAGAAAAUGUGGAGGUGGAGAAGCUGCAGGGAAUGAGCCCUGAUCGGCUCCAGAGGAAGCGGCGGCUGGCCAGGGAUCUGAAUCUCCAGUCAGGAGCCUCUAGGUGGGAGGAGGAUGCAGCAAAAGUGCAUGUUGCAGAUUCCCAGUCUAUUAAUGAGCCAAAGGAACAGCCAGUCAAUGCGGUGACAGGCUUUCCAAACAAACUGAUAGCACCUUUGAAAGCAGAGGUGACCACCAAUGGAGAUGCCCCUUUGGAAAGUGUGGAGGAGAAUGGGAACAGCUUUCUUGCGUACAUCUACGAGACUGUGGAGGACCUAGCAACUAAGCCAGUGGCAAAAGACUCUGCAGCUAAAAAGAAAAAGAAGGUGGAGGCUCCUCCCGCAGUGAAGCAGGAAGCUUCCAAGAGAGAACAAAGUGGGCGAGACAGGGCCAGUCCCUCUCUAAAUCCAAGGUUUGCCCCUCCUGUCCCUUUACGCAGGAGUGCACGUUUAAGGGUGGCAAAUGAUCAAGAAGAGGAAAAGAGUCCAAAAGUCAAAGAGCCUGGGAAAGCUGUGAAUCAUGAUACUAAUGGCGACAUGCACUUCUCUUUGAAAGAGAUGUAUUUUGAUAAGCAAGUGAAGCCAGCAGCAGGGGAAGAGGAAGUGGGAGCCAAGGAAGAGGCUGUGAGCAAGGCUGCCCUGCAGCCUGUAGCAGUCAGCAGACAGACAGAGGAUGCUCUGCCAUCCUCGGAGGUGAUGGAGGCAGGACCUGUGCCGUCUGAGGGACAAAGAGGCCAGCACCAAGCCCAGAAGUUGGAAGGAAACAAAGCCGUCAGUCCAGAGGUUGGAGCAGCAGUGGGACAGUCUGCUAGUGACCUAAGACACCCAGUGUCCAAUCCAAUUGUAGGGACCGGUCAGCAAGCCAGUAAGUUAGAGGAGCUCAGGAAAGAGGUGCCUGUCUCCCAGGAGAGCAGGGGGGCUGGGAAAAGGACAAAUUCUCAGCUGAGGCCUCAGGAGCCACCAAAGCCACCAUCACCUUCUCCAGACCAUGUGCAGUCCAGCAAGGAGCACCCUCCCACUAGGAAGCAAGCAGAAGGACAUUCCCAUGCUCUUGAGGUUAGAGAGACCCAACAAGGACUGUUAAAUCAAGAAGACAAAAGCCAAGGUGAAGAGAAGCCAUUGCUAAAGAAAUCAAGUUCUCCAGAGCCUGGUGACAACACUCUUCUUAAGCAAAUCACACAACAGACAGUAGUCAAGGAUGAGAAGAGCAAAGAGACAGGAGCAGAGCUGUCUGGGAGCUGUCCUGGUGCAGAGGCAGGAGAGAGCAGUGCAACAAAGCCAUCUCCUGCGGCUUCACAGGGGGAGGCAGGAGGGACACCUUUGGGACUUCAGGAGACUAAAACACCAGCUCCUGCUUCAGUUCAGCUUGUCAAGGAAGAGCUGCUUCCCGCUCCUGCAGCAGGGAUGUUGGUGGCUCAGGAGGUACCGCUUGCAGCUCAUGGUGCCCCAGGAUUAGAGGCCACAGCAGGAGAGGUCCCAUCUGGAGCCCAGCUGCUGCCUCCUGCAAGCAGAGAAACAAAAAUCAAAAUGGCAGAUGGAUCUGCCCCUCAAGAGAAGCUUUUAGCCAGCACUUUAUGGAAGGAGAGUGCCAAACCAGUGCCUGUAGGACCUCAGGAGAAAGAAGGAGGAGAGCAAACAGCUGCAGCUCCAUGCCAGGAACCGGCAGCACCUUUAGGCACUUUAGAAGGAGGUGCUGAGGUUCAGCCACAAGUACCACUGGUCCUGUCUAGGCCUGAGAGACCUCGGGAGAUGUCUUUAGAGGAGGAGAUGCAGCACAAAAACCUUGUUUCCUCCUUGAAGAACUAUCUACUGCUGCUUUUAAAAAUGUCAGAUAGCAGUCAGGAUGCCACAAAAGACACUGACCCCAGGGACAAGGAGCAGCCCAAUGCAGAGGAAGCCAUGCUCCCAGAGAUGGGCAUUGCAGGCCUGAGCCCCUGCACCUCAAGGAGAGUUUUGGAAAAGGUACAAAACAACCAGCUCUUCCAGACAGCAGAGAGCUUGCCUCUGACCCCCAGGACAUCCAGGCGGAUCACAGGCAUGAUUAACGAGGAAUUUGUUACCAGCAAGGAGAUGCUGGCUUGCAGGCCUGUGCCCCCAAAGAGACGUACCCGGGUUGCUCCUGAGGCAGAGGGACCACCCCAGCUCUCUGUGCCCUCCAUUGUGGUGGGCAGUAUGCUGGCAGCUGAAGCAGGGCAGCCUCCUAAUAACAUAUCCAACUUGCCUCCAGUGAGCCCUGAAAAAGAGAGCCCUGGUGACCCUUUGACAGUGCUACCUUGUGCCACACCAGAGGAGCUUGCUUCUGGGGCCCGGCGCAAAAUAUACCUGCCAAAAACCAAGCAGGUGGGGGAGGAAGAGGAGGCAACCCCAGAGAGCUUGGAGCACCUGAGAAGUCCUACCAUUUCACCAUGGCAGCCUAGGAAUAACAUAGCCCUGUUGCCGUCGCCUGCCCUGGCUCCAUCCCUUCCUGCAGAGCAGCGCUCGCCAACCCUUGUGAGGAAGAUGUCCACACUGGAGGUUCCUAAGUUGUAUGAGGAGCCCACAGGUGACAGCAGUGGUGACCACGAGGUCCCUGAAGAUGCUAAGCCAGAAGCACAGCCAGCAGAGUCCAAGAAAACAAAUAACCCAUUUAAAGCUCCGCAGGUGAUUCGUAAGAUCAGGGCAGAACAAUUUUCUGAUGCAUCAGGAAACCUGAAACUUUGGUGCCAGUUCUUCAAUAUUUUGACUGAUUCUAAGCUGAUGUGGUACAAAGAUGAGAUCCCUGUAGCAGAAGCCCAAAGGAGUGCUGGAGACGAGGGCCAGGCAGCCUUGGCUAUUGUGCAGGCAUCCCAGAAGGACUGCGGGGUCUACCGGUGUGUGAUCAGCAACGAGUACGGCACUGACUCCACUGACUUCCUGCUCAGCCCAGAAGUGCUGUCAGGAUUUAUUUUGCGGGAAGAGAUUGAAGUUGGAGAGGAGAUUGAGAUGACGCCCAUGGUGUUUGCGAAGGGUUUGGCUGACGCAGGCUACUGGGGGGAUAAACUCUUCGGGCGUGUGGUGAGUGAGGACGUGGAAGUGGGUGCCGGUUUCCUGCGCAAAGCCUGCCGUGCCAGAGCUAUCUAUGGCCUGGAGCCUGUCUUUGAGUCUGGCUGCACCUGUGUCAUCAAAGUGCACAAUUUCAUUGCCUUUGGGACCAAGAAUGAGAACAGCCUUAUUGAGAAGAACUACGAUAUCACCAUCCAGGAAUGUAAAAUCCAGAACUCCAGCCGUGAGUACUGCAAGAUCUUUGCUGCUGAGGCACGAGCUGUACCUGAUUUUGGAGCAGUGCCCGAGAUAAUUCCUCUGUAUCUGAUCUACCGCCCGGCCAACAACAUCCCUUAUGCCACAAUGGAGGAGGACUUGGGCGGGCCCUGUGAGCAGUACUGUGUCACUGAGAGAGAUGGCAACUUGGUGGCACGAGGCACCUCAGAGAUUGUGCUCAAAUGCUGCACUUUUCAGCAUUGGGUCUACCAGUGGACAAAUGGAAACAUCCUUGUGACUGACAUGGAAGGAGUGGGCUGGAAGAUGACCAACGUGCGGAUUGCUACCAACCUGAAAGGGUACCAGGGGCUGAAGGAAAGCUGUUUUCCCUCCCUGCUGGAGCAAUUCGUGGCUGCUCACCAGUGUAACCAUUACUGCAGCAUCCUGGGCCUGAAGACACUGGAGCCAGCCAAGCCCAAGGGCUCCAAGAGCCCCUCCAUGGGUAGGAAAUCUGCCCAGUCCAGUCCUCAGCUCCAGAAGAAAGGGCUGGCGAGUCCCCAGGGUACCCGCAAGGCUGCUGUGAGCCCCAAGAGCUCCCGCAGAGCUGCAGAAACAGGGGAGGCCCUGGCAGCCUCCAAACCUGGGUCAGGAGAGAGCAACAGGUCUGGCCGCCCACAGUAGCCAGAGCCCACUGCAGCUGGGACCCCUGACUGGACCCCAGCCCAAGCAGCCCGGAGGCAGCACGUGACCAGGCUGGGAAGCAGAGACCCUGGCAGCAGUCACUGCUGCCACUCUCCUCCCUUUAGCGCCCACCCCAGCCUGCAGUGCUUGCAUUGUGUGACGUGUGCUAGUGUGAGCAGCUCAGCUGGGGUCCCAGGGGGGGCUGUGGGCAGUGUGGACCCCCUCACCAAUACCUCUUCAUAAGAGCUGCUGCUGGGGGUGGAGCCUGUGGGGCCACGUACCCCUCCACACUUGGGCUCGCUUUCCUCUCUCAAUUCUCUGUUUGCCUUCCUUAAGGCAGGGGCUGUCAGACGUGCUCCCUCAGGCUUUGCAGGUGCCAGGCACCCUCCUUGGCUCCCCCCAUCCACCAGCAAACUGAGAGUCCCAGCUGCCCUCCGGGCUCCCAGCACCUCACAUCCCUCUGUGUCCUCCAUAAAGUGACCAGGCCAAGCCCUGCCAGCGGUCUGUGUCAAGGGAUGUGAACCCCAACAGCGCCCAGGUGGUCUCAUUCGCCCUGGCACACUUUUAGAACGUUUUACUGCAGAGGGGUUCAGAGGUGAGCUGCAGGGCUCCUGCUGCUGUUGCGUAGGACUCUGGGGUACAGGCUAGUUCCAUGGUGGGUCAUUGGCAUCUGUACCGGCAGCUGCACAGGGUUGCGAUUUUGCACCCCUGCCCUCCCAGCUUUCCCUGCACCCUGGGGUGAGCCUCCCACCCCCUUGCUGGGUGGAUGCUGAGGGUGGCGGUGCUGCUCUGGCAUGCUGGCCAGCACCCAUUAAGGAUGCUCUACCUCACACAGGGUGCCUGGGAGCAGGGCCAAGGGGAGACCUCCUGGCUGUGUCAGGCACUGGUUUGGCACAUGUGGGUGUCCAGCCCACAGGGCUCACCUCUCCUUGCCCACCUGCCAUUUGCAGACCUUGCCCACCAUGCCCAGCCCCAUAGCAUGACCUGAUCAUGCUUGCUUAGCAUCACCCUUGCUUGGCACAUGCCAUACCCUGGUGGCCACUAACAGCACCUUCUCCAGAUCCUGCUGCAGGAGGCAGUGACGGACAGGCACUGAUGCUCAUGCUGGAGAGUAAAACACUGUGUGUUGCGUCAAGCCUCCCUUGUGUCUGUCAGCUCACUCAGGCUGCAGCCAGCAGAGCAUGGCAGUGGGCAGCAAGGCUUGGAAACAGCCUCAGCACUGCCUGCUUCAUCUUGCUGCAGAGCAUGGCCUUUCCUAGGGCUUUGGAGGAGGAUGCUGGCCACCAGCAAUGCCAUCCAGCAUGGUGGUGUCUGAAACAGUGGCUUGGUUCAGCCUGGUGGAGGAGGGAAUGGACUGAGCUGGGAGUAAGGUGUGCUCUGGGGUCCUGGGGCUUUGUUGUUGGGUCAUUGUAAAAUAACAAUGUACAGAAUGUAUCUGCCUUGGCAAAUGGGUGCUCUCGAGUGCAAUAAAGCAAAAAGGACUGGCCUA